GAUAAGAUUACAGUGUGUAUGUGAUCACUGCUCACACCUGGACAGGUGCAGCAGGUUAUCAGGAACUGCUGCAGCUCCUCCUUCCUCCUGUCCGGACCGGUCAUAUAAACAGCACAACAUCACUCCGAUUAGUUUGAUCUUUCAUCCGGCAGCGGUCCAAAGACAGGAAGGUAGCGACACUGUGAUAUCAGGAUGAGCCGGCUCACCGUCCUCGCAGGCUUAUGUCUGGUGGCAUGCCAGCUGGCGACUGCCACCCAGAUGGUGUGCUACUUCACCAACUGGUCCCAGUACAGACCAGACCAGGGCAAGUACAAGCCAGAGAAUGUGGACCCCUUCCUGUGCACCACCCUGAUCUACGCCUUCUCCAUCAUCAACCAUGCCAACGAGCUGGUCACCUACGAGUGGAACGACGAGGUCCUCUACAAGUCCUUCAACGCCCUGAAGACCAAGAAUCCUCACCUGAAGACUCUGCUGGCUGUUGGUGGGUGGAACUUCGGUUCCGGACAGUUCUCUAUCAUGGUGUCCAGCGCUGCAAACCGCCAGAAGUUCAUCCAGUCAUCAAUCAAGUUCCUGAGGACUCAUGGAUUCGACGGUCUGGAUCUGGACUGGGAGUAUCCUGGAGCUCGUGGAAGUCCUCCAGAGGACAAGCAGAGGUUCACUCUACUCUGCAGGGAGCUUGUUGCUGCCUACGCAGCCGAGGCCGCAGCCACCGGCAACACCCAGCUUAUGCUGACUGCCGCCGUGUCUGCAGGGAAGGGAACCAUCGAUGGAGGAUAUGAGAUCGCUGAGAUCGCCAAAGAGCUGGACUUCAUUAAUGUGAUGACCUAUGACUUCCAUGGAACUUGGGAGCAGUUCACGGGACACAACAGCCCACUGUACCGCGGAUCCCAGGACAAGGGUGACCUCAUCUACUUCAACACUGACUUUGCCAUGAAGUACUGGAGGGACAAUGGAACCCCGGUGGAGAAGCUGAGGAUGGGUUUUGCAGCUUAUGGUCGUACCUUCCGACUGACAUCAUCAAACACCAACGUUGGAGCCCCGGCUAGCGGCCCUGCAUCUGCUGGACCAUACACGCGUGAAGCCGGCUUCUGGGCCUACUAUGAGAUCUGCAGCUUUGUGAAGGGCACCACGAUCCAGUGGAUUGAAGACCAGAUGGUUCCUUAUGCCACCAAGAACAGCGAGUGGGUGGGAUUCGAUACCCGGGAGAGCUACGAGAUCAAGGUCCGCUACCUGCAGGAGCAGAACUUUGGCGGUGCCUUUGUGUGGGCGCUGGAUCUGGAUGACUUUGCAGGACGAUUCUGUGGAGAGGGCAGCCACCCUCUGCUGUCACACCUCCGCAAGCUUCUGAAUAUUGAGCUGCCCCCGCUGCCCCCCACCACCACCCCUGACCCCAGCAUCACCACCACCACCCCUCUCACCACCACCACCACCACUACCACCACCACCCACAAGCCAGGCCCCGGCUUCUGCAAUGGCAAACCCGACGGCUUGUACGCCAACCCGGACGACAAGGCAAGCUUCUACAUGUGCGCUGGUGGCAUCACGCAUGUGAGUUAUUGUGGCAAUGGAUCCGUGUUUAAUGACAGCUGCAAGUGCUGCGCCUGGCCCUGAGAAGAAAAACAUGCAUUACAACAGCUCGAAACAUCUGCCAACAUCAGAUAUUAUUCUGAUGAUGCAGAACAAUAAAGAGUUGUAUCAUCUGUGUAUAUGAUCAUUUACAGAUAUUAAUCUAAUUGGUUUUGUAAACGUUCGGUUUUAUUCUCUAGUGAAAUAUUGUGUAUACUUUGCACAUU